CCCCGCUCCUCCUUUCUCCUGCUCUUCCACUCGGCGCGGAUCCCUCCCCCUCCUUCCCUGCUUUCUCCGAGAGCGCCGAGCCUUCCUUUCGCUUUUCCUCCCGCUCUUCCUUCCCUCUUGUCCUGCUUCUUUCUUUCUCUCUCUCUCUCUCCCUCCUCCUCGCUCCUUCCCUCCCCCGGAGGUACCACACCUCUGCCUCGGGGAAAAGGGCCGCUCCCGAUGCGUAUAAAAGAUGCCCCGUCCGCACAGGGCUUGCGGCAUCCUCGGCCAUGGACGCGCAUCGGUUGCCCGGAGCCCAGAUCCGACAAUUGCGCUGCCUGGUCGGGCUCUGCCUCUGCUUCUCCCUGCUCCUCAGCCUGCCCGUCCUCUACCUGCUCAGACACAUCACCACCACGGAUGGAGAGGUGCCAACUGGAAAGAUGCCAGAAGCGCAAAGGCUGGACGCUCAUGAUCACAACUGCUGCAAUAGUACCUCCAUAAGAAAAGCAAGGACUCACCUGGCUGGGGCCCAGAAACAAUCCAGCUGCAUGCCAGGUAGCUUGCCAAUCCUUUACUGGAGAAAUGACCGAACACAUGAAGAAGACACCAUUACAUACAGCGAUGGUUACUUGACGGUCCCAGAAACGGGGGAUUACUUUGUGUACACUCAGGUCUCUUACCGCUGCCCUGACGGCAAGUGUGAAAACUUGGAGAAAUGUAUGAUUAAUCCUUCCGAGAAGACCAUCAUAACCCAGAUCAUUUCCAAAAUCAGUUCCAGCUAUGGAAGCGAACCCAAACAGCAAUUGAUAACCAGCACUUCCAUCGGGGAGAAAGAAAUGUGGAAGAAAACACUCUACUUGGGAGGUAUCCUCGAAUUACGGGAACGGGACAAACUCAUGGUUAAUGUCAGUAACCCCGAGCUUGUGGACAUCGCUUUACCUGCAAUGACUUUCUUUGGUGCUUUUCUAAUCUAACAAUGGAUAAGAAUUCCUGAAGCUCCUUCACACUACAGACGUAGAGUAGUAUGAUCCCACUUUAACCGGGAUACACAAUCAUAGUGGUAUGGUUUCGUCUGAAUGCUUUCUCCUAAGGACUGGAUUCUUCAUAAUUCUGGGCCCUGAAGAAUGUUUGACUAGGCCUGUUUCCCAAAUGUUCUUCUUCUAACAGUUCUCCCCUCUUUUGGAAAGUCCACGUUAGGCAGACUUUUUUUUUCCAAUAGGGGAUUGUGGUUAUUUCUUCAAACAAAACUUACUAAUACUAAAAAAAAAAAUCCUUCCAGAAGCAUUUGUGGGUUUCUCUAGGUCCUCUAGUGCUAUUCCAUGCAAUGUUUCUAGCCCUAGUAUAGUCAAAGUAAAGGAUUCACUACUAUAACUGGUUUCAGGGGCCUUGGAAUAAUAAUAAUACACUUUAUUUAUGUUCCGCCCUUCUCUCCUAGGGGACUCAGAGAGGACUAUAGCAUUUAACAUUCAAUGCCUUUACAGUCAUAUACAAUGAAGACACACAAACACAUACAAAGGCAAAGGCUUCUCCUUUCAUUUCCGGCUUCUGGAAGCAGUGCUCAUCUCUGGUGCUGGGGAGGUGCUUUUAUCAAUUUUCAAGCUGAGGAGCCUGCGUUGUUGCCUUCUGGUUGUGUGGCCGGCAAGAUUGCUCUUUGCCUUUUCCCACCAAAGCGGUACCUUUCUACUCACAUUUGCAUGUUUUCUAAACUGCUAGGUUGGCAGGAGCUGACAGACAGGAGCUCACCUCAUCUUGUGGAUUCGAACUGCUACCGUUUAGGUCAGCAGUUCAGCAGCACAAGGGUUUGACCCAUUGCACCACCACGACUCCAUAAUGUAUUCCCUGUGAAUACAGAAAUCAUAUAGUAUUGAAUACCAGCAAUGUCCCACAUUCUCACUGAUCUGUAAUUCUUCUCAACUGGACCUUCUAGCACAAUAAUCCCAAUGUUUUGACCUUGGAGUUAAUAAUCAUGAAUAUUCUUGCGCUUGUUGUGUAUCUGUUUGAAGAAACGAUCAAUUGUAAACCCAUGUUGAUGUGCAAUAAUCAGGCUGCUUGUUAUCGGGUUAUUUUUUUUAAGUGAUUAAAUUAUAUAUAUUUUUGGAAGACAUCUAAAUGUCAAAUAAAUACAUUUUAUAGCA